AUGUUCUACGGGCAUGUCUUUUGUAGCGAAUGUUUCAAGGCGCACGUGCUGUGUAAAUACAGGAAUGAAUGUCCACGGAUGCAUUCUAAAAGCUGGUGGAUGCAGUGGGCACCGGGCACAAAGCCGCAGCAAAAUAUGGACACCACGUCUAACGGUGGAAAACCUCCUGAGAGCGCCCCAAAGGAACCUCCAAAGCAUUCUGUUUGCACGCGUUGUUUACAGCCGGUAGAUGACAGUGAUAAAGUUGACAUCGGUGGUCAGAACUUCCAUCGUCAGUGUGCUAUGUGUUACUUCUGUCACGAAAUUCCAAGCUCGAACCUCAAAAUCUACUACGGUCAAGUGUUCUGCGAGGCAUGUUUCCAUCGCCAUGUGCUUAACCGUUGUGAAGAUAAUCCCUCGGAAUUCUUCAAACACUGCUUUGACCAAUGGCAGAACAACGCACAAUUCGCAGAAAAUAUGCGGCAGUUCAUGAAUGGAAGUAAAGAGAGUGCGCCAUUUGUUUUUAUGAUGCAAAAUCCUCAGCCGCCAUUUUGUCGCUAUGGUACUGGACGACAGAAGUGGUUCCAACAAAAUGAGCCGAAAAAAUCACAGGACACAAUUUCCAUUGAUGGCGAUUCUUUCGGAAGUUGUGACUUAUCACCUCAACUUCGCACAAACUUACUCGAAGUCUCAGAAUCAAGCUGCCCUAUUAAAGAAUCAGCAAGUAAAGAAAAUUCAAGUAUGGAUGACGCUCAAAAAAUUGAAAAACUGACAAAAUACCUCCAGAAAAAGGACUAUGUUAGUAAAUCGGAAAAUAGCGAUAAAAACUGGAAAAUUUUUAAUGAAUUCGACUCAAUUUCACUGACUUCUAAAAGUGAUCUACCUUUUAGCGGCUGGGUUGAUUUGCAAGCACCUAAAAUGUACGAUACUACAUUAAAAUGUCCUAAGUGUCUGUGGCAGUGUGGUCCAAUUUAUGUAAAUAGUGAAUGUUUACAAAACGAAAUUGUUUGUGGAGAUAAUUAA